AUGUUGACCGACUCUCCAGAGCUUCGGAGAACUACUAUUCUUCCGAUUCAUAACGAUAUACGCGCUAUCCUCAGGAUACAUGGGUUUCCUGAGCAUGUGGAAUUCGUGCCGUAUGUGGAUGGCGUUACUUCGACUGCCAUCACCAGGAUAUACUCGACUAUGAAAAAGCUCGAGCAAGAUGCCCAUAGCGUUCCGAGAGGCGACAUCGCAGUGAAUCUGCUCCGUGUCAUCCUACAGGCUGUGGAUAAUCACCCAAGACGCCUCAGGCCAGCAAGAGAUGACAUUGCCAACCUUCUCAACGCGAAGGGCAUUACAAAUAUGUUCGUCAAGGAGGUCAUGGACGCGAAGAUAGCAAUGGUUUGGGAAACGGUCGGCACAGUGAAAGGAUUCAUUGAGCAUCGGGCGAGCAACAAGAGUCUCUGGGCGGAGGUUGAGGAGGUGGCCAAGACCGCGGCAAAGACUGCUGCGCGAACGAAGGGAGCCUGGGUGAUAGUGGAGAACCAAUGGGGCGCAGAGGUCACCAAGCAUCUAACUCAUGUCCACACUGGACACCACUAUGCAAGAAAUGUGGCCUCACUGGCGCAGAACAUGCAAGAGGUUCGCGGGGGGGUUCGCACCAUCCCAAAGGACUUCGGCUGUGCUGUGAAGAAACCGCCCAAGGAAUCCAAGCUUACAGAUGACGAGCUUAGGAAGAUCAAAGGGAAGCUGGACGCGUUCGGUCUUCUUGUCCCUGAAGAUGAUGAUGAUUCUCCCAAGCUGCAGGAACCAACUGGGCUGGCUUGA